AAAGGUGGUGUGUGUCAAUAGGUAUCCAUGGCUGGUGUUGAUUACUGUACAGUUCUUCCAUCCUGGGAGUUUGACAAGGACCCAGCGUGCGUUGUCUCCUACCUGUUUGACAGUAUUGAUGGAUUAUCGGAGGCAAGUGCGGCAGAUUAUGUUCCCCCUAACAACUUCAUGAAUAGCUGUCUGACCUUGGAAUGUGCGAGUAAUGACCAACUGACCGGGGACUCGCGGGAACCUUGUACCCUGUCCAUCACCAGUAAGCCACAGUAUCGGGUCAGUGUCCUUGGAGUAGACAUCAUUAGUCAGUCAAGGUUGCUGGAGGUUUACGAUACAUGUGAAGGAUACAUGAUGACGUCGCGGGGAAAGCGUAUCCCCUGUUUAGAUGCAGAGGGUGGAGAAAACAAGAGUGAUAUGUUCAAUUGCAGAGUCAGGCUCAAAGAAACCUUAUUUGGAUUUACAGUUAAGUUUCCCAGCACAAGUAACAUGAAGGAGUUCAAUAUCUACAACAUCGUCGUGAUCCUGAAUCCGGAGACAGGAGAUGAAGGGAAUGGUGAGGUAGCGCCCACCUUCAACAUGGGUAAAGUUAGGAGUUUUGUGGACACAGAGUCAAUGUCUCCAGGCGCACAACAACUCAUGCGGUCAGUGGAACAAUUUCAACAGAACAAAAAGAGUGCUGUAUCGGGCCUACAGGGAAUGUUUAGUCAGUCUUCGUCCAGGUCUGCGGGCUCUUCCUCAGGACCAGGAAUGAUGGGGCUCAUGGGUCUCAUGUCCAUGUUCUCGAACAUGUCUUCAGCAAGCCAGUCAGGGUCUCGGGACACCCCAACAGGUUCAAAUAGCACACAACCUAGCCAGAUAGAUUCUAGGGAUCUUCCUGAAGCUAAUAAUAAUUUGGCAGCAAGCCAAUCAAAUGCAAGGAAUAUUCCACAAGCUGUAAAUAGAACAGAAACAACCCAUUUAGAUGCUAGAAGUAAUACUCAAGCUUCAAAUAAACCAAAAGUUAACCAACCAUCUAUAAAUAGCACAGUUACCAGUCAAAUGAGAGGAACACCCCUGCAAACAGAUACAGCAACCAACACUGCGGCAAGUCUACAUGAGGCAUUACCGUCAUCACUGAACUUAUCUGAGUUAAGAAACGCUGUGGUAGGCUCAUCCAGUCUGAACUCUGGUGUUAGUGCCGAGUCUGAAGGAGGUGACAUGUACCAGAUGCUACAAAACAUAUGUGGUCGGGUGUCCCAGAUGAGAACUGUGGAUCCCGAGGAGAAUAGAUUAGUGAUGGAAACUGGAAUUGAACAACGACACUCGGACAUCCCUCAAAGCAGACUUGAAGGAGACACCGGGGAGGCAGAAGGUCAAAGUUCACAGGAUGAAACUGCUGGAGGCCACAAACUUGCACGGGAUACAUUAAGGACAGUGGUGAAGAGUUGUAUGGAGGAAUUUGAACUACGACUUCAAACACAUAUAGAUAAUAGGUUAUCUCAAAUAGAACAGAAAUUAGAAGCCAAACUGGACAGUAUACUUGGUGUGUUGCAGUCAGUGAAGGGAGAUAAUUCUCCCACACCCACGGAGAGAGUCACACACAUUCACGCAGAGGGUGCCACUCACAUACAGACUGAAGGAGCCUCACACCUAUCCACAUAUGGUGACACAUACAAACCUGUAGGUGUUAAUACAUGCAUACCCACAGAGGGAACGUCACAUACAAACAUUCAGGGUGCCACACACAUACACACAGACAACCUGCUUACGCGUGACCAUACAGGUAACACCACACAGAAUUACACAGAGGGUGCCACAGUCAUACACGUACAGGUAGAUACUCACACACCGACACAGACAAAGGUAGAUUCUCACACACCGACUCAGACACAGGUAGAUACUCACACACAGACACAGGUAGAUACUCACACACAGACACAUGUAGAUACUCACACACCGACACAGACACAGGUAGAUACUCACACACAGACACAGGUAGAUACUCACACACUGACACAGACACAGGUAGAUACUCACACACCGCCACAGACACAGGUAGAUACUCACACACAGACACAGGUAGAUACUCACACACCGACACAGACACAGGUAGAUACUCACACACCGACACAGACACAGGUAGAUACUCACACACCGACACAGACACAGGUAGAUACUCACACACCGACACAGACACAGGUAGAUACUCACACACCGACACAGACACAGGUAGAUACUCACACACCGACACAGACACAGGUAGAUACUCACACACCGACACAGACACAGGUAGAUACUCACACACCGACACAGACACAGGUAGAUACUCACACACCGACACAGACACAUUCACCCUUAGGUGAAGAGACUGAGAAACCAACAGACUUGCACUGGGACACAUCAACAGCAGAAACAAGAAACCAACCUCCAGAAAACCUCACAACUUCUCUAGUAAUGGACGAUGAAAGUGGAGAACAUUCCUGA